UUAGUGCUUUAUUAUUAUCAAGGUACUUAUGAUCUUCAGCACAUAGCAGUGGUUAAUAUUACAUUUAACAAAGUUUGUCUUCAGUUUGAGUUUGUUAAUGGGAGUACAACUAAUAGCAUUUAUAUUCACAUCACUAAUUAUGAAGAGCCAGUUCAUCUACCAGUGUAUUACAAUAUAUCUCGUAAUGAUCAGUUGAACUUUACUCAGUGUAUUACUAACAUACCAGCUGGUAAUAACUUAACACUGUAUGCAUGUGAAUCAAUGGAGGACUGUACUACUAAUCCUGCUGCUGUAAUAACUGGUAUUGUUAUUCCUGCUUUAGUCUCUAGCACUAUGCUGACAAGCUACUUAAGUUCACAUAAAGACACAUUAGGAUCUACUUCUGAUCCCAUCAGCUAUAGUUCAUCAUUUCUGUUAAUGUAUACUUCAACAACUACAGUUUCGUCUACAGUUUCAUCUACCAUGAUGAUAGAGGAUUGUAAUAUAAGGGAAAGUCAAAGUGAAAUACCUGUCACUAGUGGUUCACAAGAGCAAGAACUAUCAUCAGUUAAUCCACAGUAUGAGAAUGUACAUCUACCAGUUCCACAGUCAGAACUAUCAAUGAAAGAAUGUGCUGCUUAUGGUGUAGUGGAAGGUACUAGGUUUUAAGACUUCAUGAUAAUCAACUAUUAAAGUUUUUGUAAUUUGAAAGUAAAUUUUGUACUGAGCAUUUUUCAAUUUUUCCUUUUAGUAAUGUCA